GACUUGUUUGCUCGGGUUACCGUCACUUCUACUGCUCGAGGUUUAUUUGCUCGUUUGUAUCCGUCAGUUCUUACUCCGUGUUCCUCUCGCAUUGAUGCGGACCGCAGCGUGGACAUGUGUAUGAGGAGUAACGGUUACACGUUACGCUGUUCACUACAAAGUCACGCUCCUCUUCGCUAGUUGUGGAAUUGCAUGCUGGCUUUCUACGUGCUGUUAAAGUGUGAUGUCAAACUACAGACAGACCCGGGACACAUGGGGACGCGAUCAGUGGCAAACAAACGAAGCAUGACAGCCGCGUGUGCGCAUGCGCGUGGGUAGGCAGUGUCUGGUUCCCAGCGUUGAGCUUGUGACCUCUGUUUCUCCGGCCAAGGGAUCUAAAACCCAGACUUCUGAAGCCUGCUGUGUGUCAGAUGGGUGGAGCAAUGCGCUGGGGUCGAGGGUUUGAGUCCCGGAGUAUUUUGAACACUAAAGUUUCAUCGAAAUAUAGUGAAGAGAGAAGUUUAUUUGUAGAGCACAUUUCAACAACAAGGCCAUUCAAAGUGCUUCACAUUCAACCAUUAAAAGCAUUAAACAACAUUCUAUAUAUAUAUCAACAUACAUACACAGAAAUAUAUCCAAAUAUACACACUGAGUUCCAGUAAUACUACUACAUAUAUACACAAAUAUAUACACUGAGAUUCUGUAUUACUACAACAUAUAUGCACACAUAUAUAUACACACAAAUACACACACUGAGAUCCAAUAAUACUAUGACAUAUAUACACACGGAGAUUCUGUAAUACAACAACAUAUAUACACACGGAGAUUCUGUAAUACAACAACAUAUAUAUACACUGAGAUUCUGUAAUACAACAACAUAUAUACACAUAUAUUAACGGUUGAACAUUGAGCCAAUUAACCUCAUUUUAAAUGGGUGUUGAAUAAGUUUAAGGUCACUACUGUAUAGUUUACAUGCUAUAAUUUCCCUCUAGAGCGUGUAACUUCACUGCUGCAUCCUCUCUGUUGAACAGAAAUGGGCGACGAUGAUGAAGAGAAGAGCUGCAGUAUUAUACCGAGCCUGGUUCCACUGGGCAGUGAGAUCAAGGCCCGGAUGACGCAGUUCGUGGAGGAGAGGACGGAGGCCAACAUGUGGACGGCUGUGCUGGUUGGAGCUGCCACAGUUGUGUCUUUCGUUGGAGUCAUUGUGUUCCUUCUUUACAGAAGAUACAAGCGGUCAAAGGCCGACGCUCCACACUAUCGCUUCAGGAAGAGGGACAAGGUGAUGUUCUAUGGCCGGAAGAUCAUGAGAAAGGUGCAGACGCUGUCCUCGCCGCCCUCCUCUUCCUCAAACCCGGCGUCCCGUCAGCGAGUGAGGAAGAGGACCAAAGUCCUGUCCAUCGCCCGCAAGAUCCUCCGCAUCCGGAGGGAGCCGCCCACCCUGCAACCCAAGGAGCCUCCUCCGUGUCUGCUGGAGGCCGACCUCACGGAGUUCGAUGUGAAGAACUCCAACCUGCCCUCGGAGGUGCUGUACAUGCUGAAGAACGUCAGGGUGCUGGGCCACUUCGAGAAGCCCCUCUUCCUGGAGCUGUGCCGCCACAUGGUGCUGGUGCAGCUCCACCAGGGGGAGGCGCUGUUCAGGCCCGGGGACACCGACGACAGCAUCUACGUGGUUCAAGACGGCCGCCUGGAGCUGUGCAUCCACGAGAGUGAUGGGACGGACGUUGUGGUGAAGGACGUUGUCCCCGGAGACAGUGUCCACAGCCUGCUCAGCAUCCUGGACAUCAUCACCGGGUACCCUGCUCCCUACAAGACGGUGUCGGCCCGAGCUGCCGUGCCCUCCACCAUCCUGCGCCUCCCUGCUGCUGCCUUCCAGUCCGUGUUCGAGAAGUAUCCUGAGACUCUGGUCCGGGUCAUCCAGAUCAUCAUGGUGCGUCUCCAGAGGGUGACCUUUCUUGCCUUACACAACUACCUGGGCUUGACCACGGAGCUCUUCAACACGGAGAGCCAGGCCAUCUCCCUGGUGUCGGUGGCUCAUGUUCUGGGUGAAGGUCAUCCUCACAGAGGCCUCCGCAGGCAGCCCUCACACCCCGAGGAGCCCGAGAGCGGAGACGCAGAGAGGUCCAGCCUGUCUGACGCGUCCUCGUCUAAAUACAGGAAGUCCCGCUCUGCCUCCACCCCGAUGGCUGUCACAGGUCAAAUGUCAGCCGACCUCAAGAGAGUUUAUGAACGGGCUCAAGUUUCCAAAGAAGACACUCUGCCUCACGCGGUGAAGUCCAUCCUAAAGAAGACGGUGACCAUGCAGCCCGCUCCGUCUGCUGUGUACCACUACAGUGACGCUGGAGGAGGAAACGCCCAGCACAACAAAGUGAACGCCAUUUUGCAAGCCGCCAAAAAGGAUCUGCUGCAGGUCAUCAAGAUAGAGAACCCCAAUCUGCUGGAGGGGAGGGUGAAGCUACGGCAAGUCAAAGCCGGAACUGUUGUGGCCCACCAGGGAGACCAGGAUGUGAGCGUUGAGUUUGUGAUCUCCGGGUCGCUCCACGUCUACCAGCGGAUGAUCGACCGCGAGGAGGACACGCUGCUGUUCGUCACCCACCAGGGGGAGAUGGUGGGUCACCUGGCCGUCCUCACGGGGGAGCCCCUUAUCUUCACUGUGCGAGCUCACAGAGACUGCACCUUCCUCUCCAUAUCCAAGGCCCACUUCUAUGAGAUGAUGCGCGAGGAGCCUCGCUUGGUGCUGAACGUGGCUCACAUGGUGGUGAAGAGGGUGUCGCCCUUCGUCCGGCAGAUCGACUUCGCCCUGGACUGGAUGGCGGUGGAGGCAGGCCGCGCCGUCUACAGACAGGGAGACAAGUCCGACAGCACCUACAUCGUCCUCAGCGGCCGGCUGCGCUCCGUCAUUGCAAAGGAUGAUGGGAAGAAGGAGCUGGCUGGAGAGUACGGCCGCGGAGACCUGAUUGGUGUGGUGGAGGCCUUGACCCACAUGAACCGGGCCACCACGGUCCACGCCAUCAGGGACUCGGAGCUCGCCAAGCUCCCUGAAGGAGCGCUGAACUCCAUCAAGAGGAGGUACCCCCAGGUGGUCACCAGGCUCAUCCACCUGCUGGGGAAGAAGAUCCUGGGCAACAUGCAGCAGGGCAACGGGCCCCUGGCAGCUCGGAGUCUGGCCCUUCACACCCCGACCAGCAAGUGGGACGCUGGCAACCAGACGACCAACCUGUCCACGGUGUGCAUCCUGCCCGUGUCUGAGGAGGUUCCUCUCACGGCCUUCAGCCUGGAGCUGCACCACGCGCUGAGUGGCAUCGGUCCCACUCUCCUCCUGACCAGUGACCUCAUCAAGCAGCGCCUCGGCUCCGCUGCUCUGGACAGCGUCCAUGAGUACCGUCUGUCCAGCUGGCUGGGCCAGCAGGAGGACAUCCACCGCAUCGUGCUGUACCAGUCCGACCCGAGCCUCACGCCCUGGACGCAGCGCUGCAUCCGCCAGGCCGACUGCAUCCUCAUGGUGGGCCUGGGGGAGCAGGAGCCCACCGUGGGGGAGAUGGAGCGGAUGCUGGAGGGCGGCGCCGUGCGGUCCCAGAAGCAGCUGGUGUUGCUCCACAAGGAGGACGGCCCCCCCCCCAGAGGGACGGCCGAGUGGCUCAACAUGAGGAGCUGGAUCUCCAGACACCAUCACCUGUCCUGCCCCCGCAGAGUCUUCUCCCGGAGGAGUUUACCGAAACUGAGGGAGUUGUACCAGCGCGUGUUUGAGAAGUGUCCAGACCGCCAUUCUGACUUCUCCCGUCUGGCCAGGAUUCUCACCGGCAACAGCAUCGCCCUGGUGCUCGGGGGAGGGGGCGCCAGGGGCUGCUCUCAGGUGGGCAUCCUGCGGGCUCUGAACGAGGCCGGCAUCCCGGUGGACAUGGUGGGCGGCACCUCCAUCGGCGCCCUGAUGGGGGCGCUGUACGCCGAGGAGAAGAACAACAGUCGCAUGAGGGUCCGGGCUCGGGAGUGGGCCAUGGAUAUGACCUCUUACUUUAAGAAGAUCUUGGACCUGACCUACCCCGUGACCUCCAUGUUUUCUGGAGCUUCCUUUAACUCCGGCCUGAGCUCCAUCUUCAAGGGCAAACAGAUCGAGGACCUGUGGCUGCCGUACUUCAACAUCACAACAGACAUCACGGCGUCCUCCAUGAGAGUUCACACCGACGGGUCGUUGUGGCGCUACGUCCGAGCCAGCAUGUCCCUGUCUGGGUACCUGCCUCCACUCUGUGACCCCAAAGAUGGACACCUCCUCAUGGACGGAGGCUACACCAACAACCUGCCUGGUGAGAGACACGAGCCUCACCUGGCUGUGGGAGCUCAGUGUAUCCUAAACAUCCAUAAGGAGAGAGGAGAGGAGAGAGGAGCUCAG